UGUUUUCAAAGUUUUGUUUCUUGAUGGUUUCUUGAAUUUUAAUAAUUUAAGCAGUGAUUCAAUUCACCAAGAUUUUAAAAGCGAAUUAACUAGGUAUCAGAAGAAUAGAUAUUAGUGAAACAAAAUGGCAGAUAAAGACGACUUCGAAGAUAGCCAGUAUCCCGACAACGACGAAUACGUCCCGUACGUGACAGCCGGUAACCUAGCACAAAGGAAUGGCGCCAAAGUAAGUCUCUGGGGAAAAGUUACCAAAGUUUCCGCUAGCGAGGGGUUCUACGUGAGAACGGUUGAUGACCAAGAGAUUCUUAUAAGGCUCAAAAAGCCACUGAGUGAGCCUUUGGAAGGUUGGUACGAGAUUCACGGAGUUUCUCAAGGAAAGAGUGUAAUUUGUGAUGAAUAUGUUCCAUUUUCGGGUGAUAUGGCCAAGAAUAUUGAUGUAGAAGGUCAUAAAAGUUUGGCGAAGCUGCUGGGAGCAUUAGAUGACCCUUGGAAUUUAGGGGAAGACUCAAGUGCUAUGCAAGGUGUCACCGCUAUGGAUGAGAACUUUUGAAUCUGUUCUACCUUUGCUUUGUUACAUAGUCCUAUUUAAGUUUGUAUAAUAUGCUUUGAUAAGUUAUAAUAUAAGUACUAUUUUUUGUAA